UUUUUUCGGCGAGAUCAGCGCGGUUGUUGGGACGGAAACAACGGAAAGAGUGCUGCUACCUCAUUUGAUUGCACUUAGUCAGGAUAGCGUGUGGGGUGUUCGCAAAGCAUGCGCGGAAUGUUUCACUGACGUAUCUCGUGUUUGUACAAUGCUGACCCGACGCCACUACUUGGCACCUGUGUUCCUGGUGCUGCUUAACGACAGUUCGAAAUGGGUCAGAAGCUCAGCCUUCCAAUCGCUUGGACCCUUCAUUUCCACGUUUGCCGAUUCUGAACGAACCGGACUGAAAUGGACAGACGGUGACCUGCAGUAUGACGAGUCGUGUGUCCAGACGUAACA